GUCCUUUUCAUCAUUGCUAGUCUUUCUGUUCCAGAGCUGCCAGACUGGAGUAACUCAAUGGAUAGCAGCAUGCAGUGGAUUGCUACAGACAACUGCAGUCCAGGGCCAGGGUGGAUGGAUGCUGUAUGGUGUUUUCCAGAGACACAAGGCUGGCCAGUUCCAACUUUCUAAAUGCUGUGGUGGAUUGAUUCAAGCCAAUGGAGCCAUUACACAGCAAACCAGAUCAUUUCACAAUACAAAUAAGCAUCUCUCUGCAAAAGAUUCCUUGCAGCCAACUGAAGAGAAAGUGGGUCCUUUCACAAGGAUAAUAGAAGCAAUGGGUUUCACAGGACCACUGAAGUAUAGCAGAUGGAAAGUGAAGGUAGCAGCUUUGCGCAUGUACACGUGCUGUGUGGAGAAAACUAACUAUGAGGAAUUUUUUAACAGGUGCCACAUGCCUGAUACUUUGAAUUCAUGGUUUCUAGUAGCCCAGCUUCAUGUCUGGAUGUGUCUGGUACGAAUGAAGCAGGAGGGCCGCACAGGAAAAUACAUGUGUCGCUAUAUAGUGCACUGCAUGUGGGAGGACGUUGAGCAGCGUGGUAAGGUGAUGGGGAUUACUUCUGUUGCUCUAAAGGAAGAUUUAAGAAGUAUGGUACAAAAUUUCUAUGCAGCUCUAUUUGGAUAUGAUGAGGGAAUCUUGUCUGAUGAUCACGUUCUGGCAGCAGCUCUUUGGAGAAACCUUUUCAACAGGAACUGUGAGGACCCUCGGCACCUGGAGCUACUCGUCGAGUACGUGCGCAAACAGGUGCAGCACCUGGACGCGCUGAGCGGGGAGGACUUGCUGCUGACGGGUGAGGUGAGCUGGCGGCCGCUGGUGGAGCGCGACGCCCGCAGCAUCCUCAAGCCCCCUUCCCCUGUGUACAACGACGAGGGGCUCUGA